CACUCGUCUCCUCAGCCUUUAAGCAAAAUCACAAUACUAAAACUUUCAAGGACUAGACUGAACAAAUCGUCUCCCCGUCCCCACUCCCCAGUCGGUCUCUCCCCUUGCCGGCGUCGGAGUCGGAGGCGGCCACCGCGGGGCGAUGGACCACAACAACCUCCUGGCGGCUUGGCCGGUCGUGGGCCCGGGCGUCGCCGGCGCCGUCUUCGGGGCCGGGUGGUGGUUCUGGGUCGACGCCGUCGUCUGCAGCGCCGCCGCCGUCCCCUUCCUCCACUACCUCCCAGGGUUCUUCGCCAUGUUCGCGGCGCUCAUGUUCAACUGCGUCAACCGGGAGGACAUCGGCGACGGCUACUACUCGCCCUACGACGACUACGAGUGGAGGGUGAAACUCUGGCUUUUCAUUUCAUAUGUUGUAUCUUUUGUCUCAUUGGCUGGGGCGGUUGGGUUUUUGGUUCAAGACGCACUUACAGACACAGGUCCAUCUACAUGGACUGGCACUGCUGGUGUCAUACAGUGUGUUUGUGUGUUAGUCAGUGGGCUGAUCUACUGGACUUGCCACUCUGAAGAUUGACUUGACUAGCAUGUUUGGCCAAGGAAGAUGAGGAUUCUAAGCAUGUAUGACCAAGGAAGAUGAGGAUUCUAAAGGCGGAUAUUACAUGAGCCCGCUGGCGGGAAUUCAAUAUAAAUUAUAUCGUGGUAGCUUUGCCCAGGCCUCCCAGGUCCCCCGAAGUUUUUUAUUAUUAUUUUUACCCCUGUAAAUAUAUUAUAGUCUUCGAACCGUGCGGCUUAGAAUGGUUCAACGUAUUGUUCUGGAGCUGCAAACUCUGAGGGACGAUAACUAGUCGAUACCGUUAAGUUUUGGAGAGCCCCAACAUGGACCAAUCUUCUUGUGUUUUGUAACUCUCGAGGAGUCCAAUUUCAGUCAUUAUAUAUCCCUGGGUUCUGAUGUUUGGAACAACCUGUAUUUGUCUUAGAAGAUGGAAAUGUAUACAUCUGAAUGGGUUCUCUUUGA